GCAACCACAGCAAAAACACAUACACGAACUCUAACGACUAUACUGAAAAAUCAAAACAAUAAAUGACAAGUCAACUAGAUCUAUAGAUCUAUCUACAAUGAAUGAGAUUGUGCUUUAUAUCUGAUCUUCCAACUGGCCCUUUUUCUUGAUAAUAGAUUUCUACUUCAAACAAACCAGAAAGUGAGAUAAUUCAACUAGAAUAGGCCCUACGCAAUAUUGACCAAGAAGAAAACAAGAAGCCAAGAAGUACUGAAGAUGGCCAACAGUGAAAUGGAUGACCUCUAUACAGAUGUCUUUCAAAUUCCUGAAUAUGGUACAUCUCCAGUAAAGAAAAAAGCAAAGUAUAAUGCUUCAUACCUCAGAAGCUCACAACCAAGAAGUGCCAGAGAUGGAUUUGUGUCACAGAAUGAUGAAUCUAGUGUAGAUUUGUAUGGGGAUCUUUCCAUGGAUAGUAUUCAUUUUAAUGAUCAGCAGUUUAAUUCUCCCAAGAAGAGAGGAACCCCAAAUUUAGUCAAGGAUCAAGGUCAAGUAGAAAAUAAAACUCCUGAAUAUGUGAACAAUUUAGAUAUGUAUUCUGAUUUACUAACUUCUGAACUUACAGAAAAAGAACAGCUCAAACAGCAACUUUUUGAAAUAAAGUCUCUAAAUGAGAAAUUACUACAAGAAAAUCAAGAACUUAAAAAGACUAAAGAGCAGUUGAGUAAAAAUAUAUCAUCUCUCUUUCUGACUGCCAAAAAAGAACUUCAGAAAAAAGAUGAAGAAAUCACAUCUCUAAAGAGAUCUCUGGAUGAACAAAAGUCUUUACUGGCUCAAAAAAACAGUGAGAAACAAGCAGAAUGUAAACAAUGUACAUUUUAUGAAGCUGAAAGACAGAAAAAUAAAGAACACUUUUCUUCCUCUCUUGAAACAAGGAGAAGAAUAAGCUUAGUAAGUCAAGAUGACAAUCCAAAUGUAACGAAAAAUUCUUCAGGGCGGUAUUUUGAUAUUAACAAUUCCAGUCCAAAAUCCUUGGGUGAUAUAGACAAACUGAAGCAGAAGAACACUGAUAAAGAUCUUAAGGCAAACAGUGUUGAUAAAAAUACACUAGAGGCACAACUCAACAAACCUACAACUCCAUCAAAUGACAAUGUUUCAUUUGACUUGAGAAGUAAACUGAAACAAAAGUUAACAGACAAGUUAGGCCCUGCUGAAUUAAAGUCAAAAUUGUCAGAAAAGAAAGGCCUUUCUGAAAUAAAUUCAAAAUUGGGUGAUAGACUUUCUUGUUUCAGACCAACUUCUGAGGGAAAAGAAAUAAUGACUGGAAGAGAAAGCCACAAAUCAUUAGCUAGUACACCAAAAGUUGUAGAACAUUUCAAUAAAAAGCUUAGCAAUAAAGUUGCACAUACCACUGAAGGAAGAAGCAGUGGUAAUGUAGAGAAAAGAUAUCACAGUGAAAUUAGAGAUAGGCUUCAGCAGGAAAUCAACCAGUCUUAUUCUUUAGCUGCUUGUAAAGGUGUAGCUACCCGCAGAAUGACCAAAGAAUCGCAAGCUGGCAAAAACAAUCUGCCAUCUGAGACAGUUUCUGAUAAACCAUUAUCAAAUAUUUCACCCUUAAGCAGAAAUGAGAAGAAAGUUAACGUGACUGAUUCAAAAUCUAGUAAUAAACCAGCUAAUAUACCUCAUACUGUAAAUAGGGAGAAAGUCAACACAAUAUCAUCUCCGAUGUCUGAUCAAGAUUCUACUGCUCCAGCUCACACUGUGUCCAUACCAUUUAACAAUUUCAAAGACUCUAUAUCUGACCCUGCUUUAACAAACGAGACCUGUCCAUUUGAAGUCAACCAUGACUCUGUCUCAAAGGAGAGGUCAGAUUCAGUAGACCUUUCCAGCGUUGCAGUUCCUGGUCAUGAUAAAAAUAAACGAGCAUUUCCUAUUUCAGAUUUGAAAUCUAUGUCAUCUGAUAUAUGCCCAAAUGUUUACUUACCUUCAUUUGAAACCACAGGUCCUUAUAAAGAACCUGAAAUUAAUCACUGCACUGAAGUUGUAAAAAUUCUGAGCACAAACAAUGGUGUUGAUCCAACGUUCAGUUUGUAUGAAAGCAGAUCAUCUGAUUCAAAGAAAGGAUCCUCUGUUGACACCAGGGUGGCAUCUAAUGAAUCUCCAACAUCUAAUGGUUCAACAAGCAGCUCAAAAGACUCAAGCACACAAAAUUCUUGUUCUCAUAGUUCAGACAGUGCAGCCAGUACUUUAAAGUCUAACCAAAGCUCCAGUGAUUCUGAUAAAAACAGCAACUGUAGCAGUAUCCAGCCUUCUGAGAAACGAGCAUCCUUAAAUGAAGAGUUUUCUGGCACAAAGUAUCACCCAGUUUCCAAUGGUGAAUCUUGUAUCACUUGCACCUCCAACCUCAUUUUACUUGGAGAUGAAGAAACAACUUGCACUACGUUUAGCCCCUGCAAGCCCAACCUUUUACCAUCUGAAUUUUAUCCACCAGGGGUUAGAGCUUGUGUACAAGACAAAGGUUCUCAUGCAAGGCACAUCCGUGGGCAACCAGAAGUGAUACACACAAUGUCAGAUUUGAAUACAUCUCAGUUCAUCACAGGCAGUAAUGAGAAUGCUCAGACAAAUGCUAACAAUCCUGCACAAGAUGCAGUCAAGCUUAAUGCAGAUUUGUUCUUAAAGCCAACAGAUAUAUUUAGGAUAGACAAUGAGGCAGACCUACCUGGGGAGUCAAGAGAUAUUAAAUACAUAUCAGCAGUGCAAACAAUAUUUGACCAAGUGUUUAGACAGCAGCUUUCUACAUUUAAAGAACAAACUGAUGCUAACCCAAAUAUGCUUUAUCAGCCUCAGCUUAUACUAUAUUUCAAUAGUUUUGGUAAAAAAAUUGUUCAGCCAAAAAUAAGCUUGGUGAAUAAUAAUAAUAACUUAUCUAAUGAUAGCAACAAUUUGAAGACUGAAACUACACCAAAGAUAACAGUUUCUUGUGAAGGAAAGGGCUCUCUCUCUACAGGGGAAUCUUCAUCAAAUCCUAGCAUAAUUCUGCAGACAAAUUCUAGUAACCAAAAUGAAUUGACAGAUAAAGCCUCCAGACUUGGCACCAGGCUGGUCACACACCCACAAGUCUCUCCAGAAAGUUGCAUUGUUAGCUCUUGUGAUUCUCAGUUAUCUGGACAGUUGUUACAGCCAAAAAAUCUCCAUCAAUUUGAGUCAGACAUUACUGGUGAAGCGGAAAGACAAGACCAUUGUCAUGUGCUAGACCCUGCUAAUAGUUUACACCCAUCAAAUGUGACAGUAAAGAAAACACAAGCUUCUGCCAUGCUUAAAGAACCUACCCAUUUAAAAGCUGCUUUUGAAAUUAGCCCAACCGAAUCAACUAUAUCUUUAAGUGAGCAGCUUUAUCUAAGUGAUGACGAAGCAACCAAUGAAAACAUGCCAGCUGGCUCAAAAAUAGAUGCUAAUAACAAAUUAGCAAAACAAAAAAGACAUUCGAGGUUGCCCAGCCCUGCUAUACAAUGUGAGAAUAGCAACUUUUCCUUAGAUAGAAGUACAACCAAGCAGUCCACUUCUAACUUUGAAUUAGUCUCAAAUACAUAUAAAGACCAAGAGCUACCUCAUGAUGAAAUCAGUUUAAUGGAAGCUAGUUUGUCUGAGUUUGAUUCAGAUGUUUCCGGUGUUAACAAGUGGCCUACAGCUUCUCCUUUAUCUUUUAAACAUCACCUUAGCAAACACAACAUACGCAGUCAAUACAUGUCAGAUAUUGAAAAACCAUCAGGCAGGUUAGAACCCACACAAACUUAUCUGGAUGAUCACUCAGAUAAUUUGCUCAGCAGGCACAGAACUUUUCAAGAGCUGAAGGAGAAACAAAUUGUGAAAUCUACAUUUGUUUAUGUGCCAAACAGUACAGAUUCAGAGGAUUCUGGUGAUGAUAGGGGCAUGCAGUCUUCCAAGGGUAAUACUCUAUCACAAGAAGAUAUUGAUUUAAUUCAAAAAAUGAGAAAAGUGAAAAAGAAAUUAAAUCUAGAUUAUGAAUCUCCAGUGCAAGAACAUUUUCAGGAUUCCCUACCUUUUCAGAGCCCAUUGAUUCAAGUUUCUGAGUCUGUACUGAGUACUCCUGUGCACAUAUCAAGUGAUUACAACCAUGAAAGUUGUCAGAGGAAUUCUUUCAGUGAAAGUAAUAGUAUAGGGACAAUCAAAGAAAACAUUUGUAUCCCCUCUAAACCAAAUGAUGCAUUGCCUGCUGUAGAUCAUGUUCCCUUGUUAGAGAAUCAGUCUACAAAUAUGCUUUGUGCAUUGCCAGUGGUUCCAGUGCCUGAUAUUGAAGAAGGAGAAAUCUUAGAGGGAUCUACAAUCGAUAAUGUUAUGAAGGACAAACCUGCUGACGUAAAAUUAAUAAGGGAAAGAUAUAAUACAAAGGAGAAAAAAGUGGAAUCAGAACAAGAUUAUACUUGGAAAAAGACAGGUCUUAAUUUAGAAAAGAGUAGGAAGAGAGAACGGUCAUCUUCAUCAGAUCGGCACGCAAAAUAUACUAAGGCAAUGUCUGGUAGGAGAUGCUCAGGCAUGUCUUUGGUGGAGGAUGGAAGAAGAGGGGACAGAUACAAGGAUAUAAAUAAGGCAGACUGGCAGUUUGGUGAUCGAGAAGAGAGGCACAGGAUUAGUAGAGAGCUGAAUGAUCAUAGAACUACUCAUAGCAGGAAUAGUUCAAAUGGCCACACUUCACGGGACAACAGGAGCAGUUCAAAGGAAGAGGUUCACAGGAAGCAAACAACAGGAAUUGACCAAAUGAGUGUACCAAAAACAUUUAAAAGGAGAGUAAGAAGUAGUGAUAGAAACGUGACUUCACCUUCAAGAUGCAGGAAUGGAAGCAGACACAGGCGUGAAAUAAAAUCUCCCAACUUAGAUAAAGAUACUAGGUACAGAUCAUCUUUGUUAUCACCAAAGAGGCGUAAAAAUCACAGGGACCCAAGCCAAUCUCUUAGUUCAGAGUUGAUCAACAGAAACCCUAAUAAAUCUCAUAGUUCUGAAUUCACAUCUUGGAAAGAAAUGUGCAGACACAUAGAUCAAUCAAGUAUACAGAAUUAAAUGUAGCAUGUUGCACAUUGUAUCUAGUGGAAGACAAUACUCAUGAUUUUUCUUUAGUAUUUCUUCAUAUUACUAAAAAAAAUAUCUUUAGAUGAGUAAGUUGUAAUGCCAAGACCAGUGGUUCCCAACAAUGAAAGAAAUUAUAUUCGGAUGUUGCUCUCUUGUUAGAUCAAUUACAUUUAUUUUUUUAUAAAAGAUGUUUUAGGCAUAGUGAGUUCUUUAUGCGGUCAAAGAUACUGCAUAGUCCUUAAAUAGUUGGUAACCAUUGGCUAAACAUCUUAACCAGAUAUUGGAAGUAUAAAAUUCAUUUUUUUUGUGUUUUACAAAAUUAAGCAAAAGUUUUAAAUGAUUUUUAAAGGUUUAUUUACACUAAAAAUAUAAUUCUUUUGGAUAAGUUACCUUUGUUUUAAGUAUUCACUUUUUCUUUUUCUAUACAAAAAAACAAUGAAGUGUAUAAUGUAUGUAAUUAACUUUGGCAUACUUUUACACCUGUUCUCAACAACUACACAAAAUAACCAUGCGGUAUUUAUUUUGUGAGAAAUGUGUUUGCGCAUCUUGGGCAUUAGUAUACAUAAUAUUGUUUAUGAAUAAGUAUUUAUUAAAUUUCAUACCAUUUAUUUU